GUUCGCCACCGCGCGCACCCACAGCGAGGAGGCCACCAAGCAGUGGGAGCAGGUAGAGUCGGGCGGCGCCAAGGACACGAAGUACAACACGAAGGCGAAGAUGCUGGCCGCCUACAUCGUGGACCCGACGCUGAACGACUUGUACCAGCAGGUGACGACCAGCAUCCAGUGGAGCGAGACCAUGACUCGCGAGUCGGAGUGGAUGAGCAAGAAGCAGCUCUACGACGCGUACGGGGAGUCCGAGGCUGAGGAGAUGAUCGCGGAGAACUUG